CUGAUUUGACGCAGAAGUAUUUUGUUUCACGCUGCGAAGUAAAACUUGCAGGUGUCUUCACAUUUCUAGUACGUCUAUUCGACCACCGGACAGCAGCGGAUUUCUCCGGCAGACUUUACCCAGUGCUUUGAGUUUAUCCCUGGUGUUUUUUGCUCCAUCAUGUCCGGGCACGGGCAUGGACACGGACACGGCGGAGGCUGCAGCUGUGAGGGGGAGCAUGAGCCCGCGGAGAGAGGCGUGGAGUACGGGCUCUACCGGCGGAUCGACCUGGAGAAGCUGCAGUGUCUGAACGAGAGCCGGGACGGGGACGGGAAACAGGUGUUUAAGCCCUGGGACCAGCGGACAGACCGGGAGAAGUUUGUGGAAAGCGAUGCUGAUGAAGAACUUCUGUUCAAUAUACCUUUUACAGGCAGCGUGAAGCUAAAAGGCAUCAUUAUUUCUGGAGAAGAUGACGACUCUCAUCCAGCGGAGAUACGAUUAUUCAAAAACAUUCCCCAGAUGUCUUUUGAUGACACAGGACGGGAACCCGAACAGGCCUUUAGACUCAACAGAGACCCCACCGCAGAACUGGAAUAUCCCACAAAGAUUGCGCGGUUUACAAAUGUGAAUAAUCUCUCCAUUCACAUCCCAAAAAACUUUGGGGCAGAAAGUACAAGAGUAUUUUACAUCGGCCUGAGAGGAGAAUAUUCUGAGGCUCACAGACAUGAAGUCACAAUCUGUAACUACGAAGCAGCAGCGAAUCCAGCAGAUCACAAAGUGGAGACUAUCAUCCCUCAAACCAACUUUAUUUCCUGAAACUUUAAAAACACUGAAGAAGACUGAGACCUGAAAACUGUGGCUUAAGAGUGUAGUGGGGCUGCAUGAUA